GUGGAGUGAGACGAGUAACAACACGCAAACACGCAUUGUGCUUCCAUUCACCAUUUUCUUUCCACGAAAAAUAUUAAAAUAAAAUGGAACAGACCGAAGAAAGUGAUUGUGAUGUCUUGAAAAAGAUUUUAACUGAGGACGAGUUAACCCAACUUUCUGAAACAGUCGCCAACAAGCUUAGAAAUUAUUUCAAUGAAAACUUUGAAGAAUUUAUAACCGCCAAAGCUGUUUUUCAACACACUCGACAAAGUCUCGAGAAAAAACUCGAGAAACUCCAAAAAGAUUUCAAAGAACGUGAAUUAGAUUUAGAAGAACAUAAAGGAAAAUUGGAAUUAGCCGAAAAUCAUGUAAACGAAUUGCAGUCAAAACUUGACGAAGCUAAAAAUGAAAUUUACAAAUUACAAGAGAAUGUCAAACGUCUACAAAAAGAAACAUCGGAAUUCCGUCGUCAGCGCGAUGCAGCAGUUGACGAACGUGAUACUCUGCAGAUGCAGGCCGAACGUCGUGACCAUGAGGUCGAGAGACUGCACACUGAAAUAACAUCACUGUCCAGUCAAUUGCAGGCCGCAGUAACGGCCAAGUGCCAAGCGAUUGCUGAAGCAGAAGAGAUUCGUAGCCGCGAAAUGAAUCUCGAGUACAAAGAAAAACGUCUGGAUCAAGAGAGAGCACUAACAGCCCAGCAGAUCAGUGCGUUAGAAAUUGAAUUGUCCAAGAGAUCAAUGGAGUUGCAGACCACACGUGCUGAGGCAUCUUCACGUGCUCUGCUGACUGACACGCGCCUCGCUCAGCGUGACGAAGAACUCAGGAUAUGUAAUGAUUCUUUGACUCAAUUGCGUGAAGCGAAUUCGAAUCUUCAACGACGUUGCGAUGAGUUGGCGCAGAAGGUUGAAAAUCAACGGUCACAUGAAUUGUCAAUGCAUGCGUCUUAUCGUGAGGAAAUCGGUGCUCAGACGCGUCUUGCUGAUUUGUACAAAAGUAUGGCCGACGAGGCGAAUUCCAAGGCUGAAGAAUUUACGACUUCAGUGAAAACGCUUCAGGAAUUGUUGGAACAAGCUACGGAACAGUAUGGAGAGCUAGAGACUGAGUGUGGGCAGCAGAAAAUAAAUUAUGAAGAAUUGAUCAGUCAGAAGGAUGAAAAAAUAGAAAAAAUGACGAAAGAAUUGGAACAAGCGAAUGAACUUCUUAAGAAUAUCAAACAAGAACGACUAGACCAGGCAGUUGAACAGUUGGCGCCGACUGCUGCAAUUACUAGCCGCAUAUUAAAGAAAGGUUUGAGUUUAACUCAGAUAUACACGCAGUUGAUGGACACAGUUAAUGAAUUAACUGUUGAACGCGAAGAAAACGAACGACUUAAGUCACAGAUGGAGGUUAUUCUUCGUGAAUUAGAGGAACGUGCUCCUAUACUUCAGCAGCAGAGAGAAGAAUACUCAGUGGCUUUGUCGAAUGUAUCGACUUUGACCAAUCAAUUGGAUGAAUUGUUGGCACAAAAUAAUCAAAUGCAAGAGAGUCACGAUGAAGCUAAACGCAUUGCUAAACAUUUGACCCGUGAAAAUCAAAAAUUGAAGACUGAGUUGUCUGAUUUGGCGAGACAGGUUUGUUUCUUGUUGAAGGAAGUACAAGAAAGCCGUACUGGUAAUACUGUUCCUAUGAAUAUGGACAGUUCAAUGGACGCUGAUUUAGCUUCGUCAGAUUUAAUAAGCAAGAAGUUGGUGACUUUCAAAGACAUCGAAGAGCUACAGGAGACUAACCAAAAACUUUUGGCUGUUGUUCGUUCAUUAUCAUCGAGACAGGAAGAGAUUGAACGUGCAACUGAUGAUGUUACCAAUGGAGAAGUUAAAGAAAAGCUUGACAGAUAUGCCGAUCAAAUUGCCGAAAUGCAAGCGGCACAGGAACGUCAAACUAAAAUGGUUGAGAAUCUGAUGCGGCAGAAAGACAUGUACAAGACUAUGUAUCAGCAGGCAUUGAAUAAAACGGGCAAGGAAAUUGAUGAUGAUGAAGUUGAACCGAUGGAGCAGGAAGAAAAAAAUACUUGUGAAGGAGAAGUUAUUGAUAAGCAUAAUAAAACUGUUGAAGAAAAUAAAGACAAAAUUAAAGAGCUGGAAAGUAAAUUGGCUGAUACGAAAGAUAAAUUGAAGCAAACUUCCGACGAGUAUGAAAUUUAUAAAAAGGAAAAGGCCGCACAUGAACGAAUGCUGGGUGAAGAAAUUGAUCGACUUAGAAAGGAAGCGGAGGUCAAUUCGACACGUUGCUGUAAACUGAAAGUACAACUUGAUUCAUCGCAAGAACGUUUUAAUUUACUUCAAUCUAAUGUUGCUACGUAUAAAUCACAGAUAAAAUCACUUGAAGAGCGAUGUGCUAAUUACAGCACGACAAUAGGUAAACAUGAGCAGAGCAUUAUUAUGUUGAAAGACGACGCGAUGUCAUCACAAACACGUUUGUCUCGCGCUGAAGUUCAACUGGAGACUUUGAAACAAGAACGGCAACUGCUUCGUGACUCUGAGUCGCGUUUAUUAAAGGAACGUGAGAUGUUGCAUCGUGAAAGACAGACCAAUGCACUGCUGAAGGCUGAUGUUGAGUCUAUCAAAGCGAGCUUGGAACGUGUACAAGCUGAAGGUCAAUUGAGAACUGAAAUGAGACUUGAUGAUUCAAUUCGUGAGUGUGCUGCGUUACGUCGUCGUCUGCAAGAAGAGCAAGAUCGUUUUAGAGAGCUGACUUCUCAUCUAGAAAGACAACUGGCAACUGCUCAAGAACGUCUGACUGAAGAACAAAGUCAGGGUGAACGUUUACGGGCUGAUUUAGAGGCAGCUCGUACUGCUCAAACUGAAGCUGAAAGACGUGCUGAUGAAUUGGAAGCUAAAUUGCGGGAAACAAUAACUCAGUCACGGGCUAAACCUAUUACUGGUGAUGAGAAUUUGGCCAAGAGAUUACAAGAGUUGGAGAUGCAAUUAGCCAGCGCUAAUGCGGAAAUCAGAUCACUUACGGAACAACUAAAGACAGCGCGUCAACAAAAUCAGCAGUAUGGUGACAUUGCUGAUAGUACUGAGGCACAACUGAAGGAGAUGACUGUUCAGUUUGAAAAACAGAAACGUGAAUUGGAGACAGCGCUCGAAGCAUCGCGCAAUGCAGUCGCAAUUCUAGAGAAAAAGGUGGCAAAUUUGGAAAGUGAAUUGUCUCAGGCACAGAGUGGCCAGCAGGUUACGGAUGCUGAGUUGAAGGAGAAACUCGCAGUUGCUGAAGCAAAACUCGAAGAAUUGGAUGAAGUAAAGGGAGAGUUGGAAUUAAUGAAGAGCGAUCUACUCAAUGCGUCACAGGCUGCCAAAGAAGCGGAAGAAAAAUAUGCACGUGAGAUGCAACUCCAUUCAACAGAUCUUCAGGUUCUUGCAAAACUUCGUGCUGACUCGCAAAAUAUAUCAAAGACAAUGGAUGAACUGACUCGUGCGAAGAAUGUUGCAGUUGAAGCCCUUGAAGCUGAACGUCUGGCGUGUCGUGAACGUGAACAGCAGCUACAAAAUGACAUGGAAGAGAUGCAAAAGAGAAUUGAGGAUCUUGAUGCCCAGAACUCUUUGCUUCACAAUCAAGUUCAAGAGUUGAGUGAUCGUACGGCGAUUAUGCAGAGCAACAGAUCAUCUUUGGGUGGACAAGAAUCCAUGGAUACCAGUUUAGAUUCCAGUGCCAUGAAUCGUAGCUUGACUGGUCUUGAAGAAGAUUCCAAGUCAGCAGAACAGUUGUUGAGAGUUAUGAAGUACUUGAGACGUGAAAAAGAUCUUGCCAUGACUAAGCUGGAUGUCCUUAAAGCCGAGAACUUUAGACUGAAAUCCCAGGCCGAGGUUGCUGAAAAACGUCUUAAAGAAAGUGAAAUGAUGCUGACUAAUCAACGAGAACAGUCUGAAAUUGACGUGGUUACGACAUCAAAACACGCUGACUUAUUACGUAAAGUUGAGACACUAAAUGCCAUUGCUGAUUCCAAUAGAAUUCUUCGGGAAGAACGUGAUUCUCUGCUUGCCAAAGUAACAGAUUUGAGUACCCAGGUGUCAGCAUUGUCUGAAGAAGUUGUACCACUGCGUGAAAAAGCUCGUGAUCUUGCAGGAAAGAAUGAGGCAAUGGUUCAAGAGAAUGCCAGCUUGAAGAAUGAAGCAACGCGGUGGAGACAGCGUGCAAACACUCUUGUUGAACGUGCUAACAAAGCCAGUCCUGAAGAUUGGAGACGGCUUCAGACUGAACGUGAAAAUCUCAGCAAAUUGCUUACAUCCGAGCGUGAAACUCAUGCUAAACGUAUGGAAGAAUUGAAUGCAUUGAAGACGGAGAAAACUAAACUUGAAGAAAAGAUUGCUCAGCUCCAGAAACAGAUACAAAGCCAGAGUGAACAGUUGGCUAAAGCUACUGAGGAAGCACGUCAACUUGGUCAAGAUUAUAAUCAAGCUCUCGAAGAUUCUGCUGCAUUCAAAAAAGAUCUUGAUCAAUUGCAAAAAGAACUUGGAGAUAAAGAAGCUUCGUUGGUCGAUGUUAAAAACAAGGAGAUACAGAUACGUAAAAUUGCUAAGAAAUACAAGACUCAGUACGAAGAGUUGGCCAAGACAAUGGAAGAAGAAAAAGCUAAAGCUGAAGAAAAUCAAACUGCCACCAAUGCAGAUGUCGCUGUCACUGAGGAACGUGAAAAUCAACUGCGUGAAGAAGGACGCGAAGAAUUGCGUCAACAGAAUCAAGAAUUGACUGCUAAAGUUGAAGAGCUAACUCAGCAAAUAGCUUCUGUUCAAGCUGAAGCUGUAGUUUUGAAAGAAGAAAUCGAGAAUAUGAACAAGACGAGUAUGGAUAAAGAAGAAAGAACAAAGCAAUUGUUGAAAGGUGCGCGUACGAGAAUUAUGACGCUUACAGAGUCAAAUAAAAAGUGUGAAAAAGAAUUGGCUGAAUUGAAAAUGAAAGUUGAUUCAGGUAGCAGUGAUUCUGAUCCUAAUGAGCAUGAUGCCAGACUUGCGGUGAUAAAAUCACAGUUUGAGGGUCGUAUUACACGAUUAGAACAUGAGAAAGCUGAAGCUAAUUCUGAAAAAGAGACUCUUCUUCAGCGAGUUGGUCAGUUGCAAAGACAAUUAGCAGCUGGAGUAAGUGGAGUCAACGUGACUGAACCACCUACUGCGAAUAUAAAACCAAUGUCUGCACGUGCUGAAACUCCUCUGGCCAGUAUUCGACCUAUGAGUGUCGUCGUUCAGUCUCGUACAGCUGCAGUUUUGCCAACGACGGCUAGUAAUCCAGUGCUUGUUGCUCCUCAACAACAGCAGCAAGUUGUUCACACCACGGAGACCAGUUCUCCUACCAGUAGCCAUACUGACUAUCAACCAGCAAGCACAAGUAGUUCUGUAUCACAACAGCCUUCUAAUUUACGCCAGCUCGCAGUCCAACCGCAACUGAGUGAAUCUGCAGAAUCAACUCAACGUGAAGAGCCAGAGAAUGUUGAAAAUAUGAAUAGUCAGCAGCAGCCUCAACAACAGGCACAGCAACAGCAACCUUGUCAAGCUCAGCAGCCACAAUCUCAAGCUCAGCAGCCACAAGACCAACAGCAACAGCAGCAGCAACCUCAGACUGUUGCUUUAGUGAGUCCAAGAGUUGAACAACAACAGCAACAGCAGCAGCAACCUCAGCAGACGACUGGUAGUGAACAACAACAAACAAUUGCCAGCAGUUCUACACCCUCUGUCAGUACAUCGCAAGCUUCAAGUGGACACAAACGACCACGUGGUCUGGAUACCUGCGCAUCUGGAUCUGGUGUCGUUGAAGGAACUGAACACAGUAGAUCUGAACAAUUACCCAGCCCAAAAGUAAAAAGAAUUCGUACACAAGAACUGGCAUCAACUGCGACAACCAGCGGCUCUGACGUUGAGUAUCAGGUACCAACUUCCAGUCAACGAGAUCAAGAUGAAGAGGGUGAGGAAGGUUGUAUUGUUGUGGUAGAUUGUGAUGAAGGUGAAGGUGGUAGUCAUCAUCAAGCUCAGGAAGAAGAAGAAUUUGACAAUGAUCAGUAUGAAGAGAUGGAAGAGGAUGAAGAGGAAGAGGAAGAAGAAGAGGAGGAAGAGAUGCCUUAUGGUGUUGAAGGUGAAGUAGAAGGUGAUAAUAAUGAAGUAGAAAUAAUUUUAGAAGAUGAUUCACGAAAUGUUGAAGUUCCAAGACAAGCACAGCCAACCAUUCCGACUAGUCAACCUCCUCAGCAGCAGUCUGAGGCUAUAAGUAGUGCUGGACCAACUGGUGAACCACCGGCAUUUGUAUCAAGAUCUUCUCGUGGUAUUGCACCUAUGCCUCGUCAACAGCAACAUUUUUUGCUCCCUCAGCAGGGCUAUGAAGACGGCGGUGAUGACAGUAUUGUACCCAGCACUCCUACUCUUUUUGUGCCACGUCGUGGCGACGGAUUCGGCGAAGCUGUCAGCUCUCCCCAAGUUCCUCAAGGUCGUUUUACAUUUGGAGACUCGGCAGCAUCAUCAACACCAACCCUGGCCACUCCCACUGCCGCUAAUGUGAGAACAAUGUUUGCACCAUCGGGCUCUGGUGUUGCUCAAGUCGUUCAAGAAGGUAUGGAUGACACCAGAAUGGAUUUAACGCAGCUAGAAGACGGCGGAACCGGGCGCAGUGUACCGACAACACCUUUGCAAGUAUCACCAGCCGCUGAAUUGCCUCCGUCAACUAGUGGGCAAUCUGAAGAACAAGAAGCUCCAGUUUCCGGUUCUCCAGCCACUGGACCUUCAAGCGACAGUGGUAUUGAAACAACUCCAGUCCCAAGUAUCCGAGUAACUGAUCAAGAAACCGAGCAAAUGGAAGCAGUGCCCGGAUCAAGUACCGCCACAACCAACGACGGAGUGAGCUCAGAAAGUGACCAACAGACCGUCGAAGCUGCUGCGUCUGCCACCGCUGGCAAUGUCGACGAUGACUCCAUUGAUGUACCAGCUGACGAGGAAGACGCCGAAGAAGAAGGUCGUGAAGCCGAAGCCAGUCCUUCUAUCAACACACGACAGAGAUCUAUUGCCGCAGCUGCUGCUGCAUCUGGAACUCCGGCUUCUGGCACUGCUGAAGCACGUGGCUCUCCAGCUAGAAGAUCCAACCGGACAUUUCGUGGUGCCGGACGAGCGGGAAGACCCACUCCAAUUAUCUGGGACAAUAGUCAAGGAGCAGUAGGUCAAUCAAAUCGAGGUCAUCCAGGAGGAAUAAGAGGAGGAGUCAACAAUGAAGUAGCACGUGGUCGUGGCGCUCGAGGACGACGCAUGCGUCCCACUAAAUAUGGGUAUCCUCGUUAUUAAAAAAAAAAAACUAAUUAGUUUACGGUAGUGAUGAAAAUAAAUAAGCAAGUAAAUUUGAUGAUUUAUGCUCAAAGUAAACACUUAAGACAUUUUAAAUAAAUAUGCAGUAUCACAUGUAUUUAUAAUUAACGAAUAUUUAGAUAAAUAUAUAUUUUUUUUUUAUUGUUAUCUUGACGAGUUCAUAAAAAUACAAAUUGUCGUUUAAACACUCAGAGUAAAUUUAUAUUUAAAUUAAUGAAAGCGUAAACGU